AUGUCGAUAAAACAGCCUAAGCCUUUACAAAUCCGAUUGCCGUUCUCAGUGCCCAAACCCAACAAAUCAACAAAUACAGAUACUAGGAUAUGUGGGAUAUGUAGAAAGAAUCAAAGUCGAUACACUUGUCCAAGAUGUAAUAUAGUUUACUGUUCUUUGGACUGUUUCAGAGAUGAAUCUCACGCUCAAUGCUCUGAACCAUUCUAUAAAUCAACAGUAUUAUCUUCGAUAGCUUCUGAUCCUAAAGCCGGAUUGGAUGAAAAGAAAAAUAUGAUUGAAAUGUUACGUAGAUUCGAACAAGCUCAAGCUGAAGGUGGAGGAGAUACGUUAGCUGAAUUAGAAGAAUUGGAAAGACAUGAAGAGGAUGAAGAUGAACUAUUAGAGAAGUUGAAAGAUAUAGAUCUGGAUGAAAUCGAUUCCAAUCAGUUAUUCCACCUCUUACCUCAACAUCACAGAGAUGCUUUCUUAACCGCAUUAAAAAACCCAGAUUCACAAGAAGCGAAAGAACUACUUGAUGAAGCUACCAAACCUACGAACACACUGAAAACGCCGAGUGUUUUACCUUGGUGGGAAGAUCAUUUGAACGAAGAUUCAGAUGGAGAAGAGGAACAAGAUUCUCAUGCCGAAGUGGAGAAGCUGGAGACUGCUUCUAUGCCUGAACUAUUACCGAAUCAAGUGAUAAACACUAUUUCGCCGCCUGAAGGGGUAGGCAAAAAAUUGAUUUACAAUGCUGUUGCUAUAUGCAUCGCAUACCUACAUACAUUACUUUCAUUCAGACUGCCUGCUUUAUCUUAUGCGUAUCUACAAGAAUCAGAUAUAUCUCCCCAAGAAAUGAAAGAAUAUCUAGGACAACUCGUACCAUUUUUAGUGCAACCUAAAUCUACUACCAGAUAUGAGAAUCUGAGCUCUGCUUGGGGCGAUGUAUGGGAUAAAAUCGGCGAUGAAAUGUCAUCACCUCCAACAAUAUCGAUUCUUCUUCAACUACUAUCCUUACUGCCUUCUCUCAUACAUCCACCAAUCAUAACAACCUCUUCACCCAAGAUAUUCAAUCUCCUCAGUGACCUAUAUCAUUUGUUCAGCACACCAAAAGCAGGUGGAGCAAUUCCCAGGAAAAUAGCAUUCUACUUCAAAUCACUGCAGAGUCUGACCAGACAAGAUUGGUUGUUAUUGGAACGAGAAGUCGAAAGGGAGUUGAAUAGAUUGAAAGACGAGGAUGAAAAUGUAGAUGCUGAGCAACCUGAAAGGAGGGAAAGAUUGGAGAUGUUGUAA